AUGACUCAGGGUAUUGCUCCAGGCACGUACAAGAUCGUCAACGCAAAGGGAGGUACUGCGCUCGACCUCUCUGGUGGCGACAACCGCACUAUUAUUGGCUUCACUGUUCACGGUCAGGCUAAUCAGCAGUGGACUGUCAGCGAGCCCGACUCAGAUGACAACCAGACGAUUUUCUGCCAGGCUUCCAACCUCUAUCUAGCCAUUGAAGAUGCACCUAACGAUUAUACGCGCAUCAUUGCGAGCUCGUCUCCGACGCGCUGGGCUAUCCGUCGCAACGGUAAAGAUCAGAACUUUUGGCGCGUGUUCUUCCCUGGCACUGGAUUCAACUUCGAUCUUUCCGACCAUGGUAACCCAACGCCUGGAACAGUAAUUCACCUGUGGAGUGCUACUGAUGGAAGGAACCAGCUCUGGAACUUUGAGAACGGCAAGCGGUGCUCUCUUGUUCUCAAUAAAGCCCUUUAUCUCAUUUUAAACUCUAGUUUGAAGGCAUUGAUUUUGGAUGAACAUGGAAGGGCUAAUAUUGGCAUUAAUUUUCUAACCACUCCUAUUCCUUUGAUGUAUAACUGCAUCGAUUUGUGUACUCGAACUAUAUUUGCUCACAAUACAUGCGAAUCGAAUACAUCAGCUUUCUUCCGAUUGUGA